GCUAGCUACAACAAACACCAUUUGACGAAGGCAAAGUAAAGCAACAUGCCUCGUGCAAAAAGAUCCAAGCAGUAUCGGAAGCUCAUGGAGCAAUUCUCCAUGGGCUUCGGAUACCGAGUACCGUACCAGGUUCUCGUCGACGCCGACUUCAUCGCUGAAGCGAACAAAUGCAAGAUGGACUUAGUACGUCGACUGGAGGAUACUUUACACGGUGAAGUCAAGCCAAUGAUCACUCAAUGUUCAAUGCGACAUCUCUACGAACGAAAAUCGGAACCCGGCGUGGAAGCAGCUAUCGAACAGGCGAAGACUCAAUUCGAGCGACGACGAUGCGGCCACCACCCUGACGAGUACCCAGAGCCACUAAGUGCACUAGAGUGCAUACAAUCAGUCGUCGACCCAAAGGAUAACUCUCUAAACAAACAUCGCUACGUAUGCGCCAUCAAUGACGAUGCUGUCAGAGCGAGUAUCCGGCAGAUUGCAGGAACACCGUUAUUGUUCAUUCGAAGAUCCGUCAUGAUCAUGGAGCCGAUGGCAACAGUCAGUGCGAAGAUCAGAUCAAAAGACGAGAAGAGCAAAUUCAGAGCGGAGUUAAAGACUGUCGUCGGCGGCAAGAGAAAGAGAGAGGAUGAUAGUGACGAUAGUGACCAAGAUGGAAAUGAGAAGCAGGGUACAGGAAAAUCUGACGAACCUGAGAAACUUGAGGAGAAGAAGAAGAGCAAGAAGAGGAAGCGCGGCCGCAAAGAACCGAACCCGUUGGCUGUGAAAAAGAAGCAGCCAAAGCCAGCUUCAGAUGGACAGCAUUCGAAGGCACCCGAGGCAAACGAAGCAGGUGCGAAUGAAGCUGAUGCGGCAGAGACGGGCCAGGCGGAAGCACCUAAACGAAAACGCAGACGAAGACGUGGACGCGGGGCUAAUAAGGCGGGAGGUGAUGCUACGACUGAAGAAGCCACUGUUACGCCUAAUACUGCGAACAGCACCGGAGAGGCUCCAGCUGUUGUGUCUAAUACUGCGAAUGCCGAGGAAUAGACUCUGAAUUAAAUAUGGGCAGAUAAAACUUGGCGUAGAAAAAAAGGGCGUUUUCUCAAGGGACAAGCUAUGG